AUGGGCAGAGUGAGGAACCGCGCCACUGCUCAGCGGCGGAGGCGAAAGCGGCCCGGGGAUCCUCCCGCCGCCUGCGCGGCCAUCGCGGUCACGGGCGCCAGCCGCGCGCAGUACCCCCGGGUCCAAGUCGGGGUCGGGAGCCACGCGGCGGCCAAGAGGUGGCUGGGUAGGUGGCGACGGAAGCGCCGCUGGCGGCGGGUCCGGAAGGCGGGCCCCAGAGACCUGCUGCCCUCCGCGCCACCCCCGGACCCGCCGGGGCCCGCCCCGUCCCCCAAGGAUCUGGACCUGGGCGCACAGCGGGAGCGCUGGGAGACGUUCAGGAAGCUGCGGGGCCUCAGCUGCGAGGGCGCCGCCAAGGUCCUGCUGGACACCUUCGAGUACCCGGGCCUCGUGCAUCACACCGGGGGCUGCCACUGCGGCGCGGUCCGCUUUGCGGUCUGGGCCCCUGCAGAUCUGCGCGUCGUGGAUUGCAGCUGCAGGCUGUGCAGGAAGAAGCAGCACCGCCACUUCGUCGUCCCGGCCUCGCGCUUCACGCUGCUCCAGGGCGCAGAAAGCAUCGUCACCUAUCGGUCCAACACGCACCCGGCGCUGCACAGCUUCUGCAGCAGGUGCGGGGUGCAGAGUUUCCACGCAGCUGUCUCUGACCCCCGCGUGUACGGCGUCGCCCCGCACUGCCUGGACGAGGGCACCGUGCGCAGCGUGGUCAUCGAGGAGGUCGGCGGUGGCGACCCGGGGGAGGAGGCCGCCGAGGAGCACAAGGCCAUCCACAAGACGUCCUCCCAGUCAGCCCCUGCCUGUCGCCGCGAACAGGAGCAGUGA